UUCUCAGGUCAGCUCAGUCCAUAGCAUACUCCUUUUUCCAUUAGAGAAGCGCCGCCGUUACCAUUCCUAGCUAUCAUCCGCUCGGUAGCCAAUAUUUUCUUGUGUUGUGCAGUACGACGAGCGACUACUGUAGCACCUGCCUGAGCUAAAUUGAAAUACAUAUACUUCGAUUCGAUGGGGAAGGAUCUGUGGUUCCACGUGCAGGCGGCGGCGGCGGUGCCGGAGCUGUCGCUGGCGUUGGCGCCGGCGGGCAGCAGCCAAGACCGGGAGUGGGACGAAGAACCGGUUCCGAUGGCGUGCGUGGACGGCAAGCCGGUGCGGCUGUUCCAGUGCCUCUUCUGCGACAAGACGUUCCUCAAGUCGCAGGCGCUCGGCGGCCACCAGAACGCGCACCGCAAGGGCCGCCUCGACGGCCUCCUCUCCGACCCCUACAGCAACGACAGCCCAUUCGGAGGCACCGCCAUCGCGGCGGCGUCCACCGGGUCGUCGCGCUAUUUUGGCACCUCCAUCGUCUCACACGGCGGCGCUGGCGUGGCGGCGGCGCCAACCGUCGAUGCCCGCUGGUCAGAGAGGAGGGGGUUGGGCGGCAGGGCUCCGCGGUUCGCGGAGCACGCACUGCCCCUGGACCCGUAUGCUGGAGGCGACGGGGUGGUGGGCCGGCCAAGGGCCUCCAUCGCAAGCGGCGCCGGCGAGGCGUUGGACCUCGAGCUGCGCCUUUAGCUAGCGUCGCCUCGCUGGCUGCUGUGCUGCCGCUCAUAUCGCACAGGUAAUGCCAUCUUGGGACGAUACCUCUUUUCCAUCGUCCCAGCGUAAGAUUGUGCAUCUUGGGGGAGCAUAUGCGCGACAAAGAUGGAUGAACUGCUAGAAGAAUUGCAAUUGAAAAUAUCCGGGAUGGGAAGGAUACAAUCCCAGCCCUUUCUCGAUUGCAAUAUGUACUCCCUCCGUCACCGUCUCAUAUUAUGAGAGACGAAGUAGUACAUAUUUACUGCCUAGUCGUCAUUUUCCUUUAUGUGUAUUUUGCUUUGACGAACUCUGUUUUUACGGUUUCAGGCGUAAAUUGCCCAUGCACGCACUGUAUUUAUAUC